AUGCCGGAACAUGCUCCCCGUCUCACGUCCCCUCCCUGGCCGUCCUACGACGAUGAUGCCCAGAAGAAGGAAUAUGAGUAUCAUGGGUCAAAUAACUGGUCUGCUGAUGAUUCUUGGAAGAAGACCACUACCCCUGACGAAGUCGGUCAAGUCGUGAAGGAUGUGAACUGGACUACUCCUGUUCUUGGUCAUCCUUGGGAAGGUCAAGACGAUAUAACUAGUCUUACUGAGUUUCAUGCCAAGCUCAUUCGAUCUACGGGGUUUACUUGGUCAGACCCUAGAUGGCGUUAUUUCCUUCUACGACACAACUUGUCCAUCGACUUGCAACGUCUACUGGACUGUCACGAAGAAGACUCCCCUGUUGACCCAAGCCAGUUUCGAGACCCCUAUUCAGCCCACUCAGAUUAUUGGUCUACUCUAACUGAAGGUGCGUGGAACUUCCUAGGUGGUAUUUAUAACGGCUCUGAUGGGGAUCAACUGGAAGAUCGUUGGACUUCUCUCUGGCUAGAAAAAGGCACCACAUUCCUCAAGUUCUGGUCUCGCUUUGAGAGCUUGUCCCGUGAAGUGGCAAGAUCACGCAAAGUCCCUCGCCUCUCCGAACAAGAACUACGCUGUCGUAUGUACCAGGCUGUACCUACUAAGUGUAAAAGCUAUCUGGACGAGAGAGGAUAUCGUCAACCUGGAGUUAUGAGUUAUAAGCAACUCACCGAAGCUACUAUGGCCUGGUGUGGAGUUCAUUGGGAUCAUCACAAGCACUCUUCUAUUCAUGCUAUUACUGCUCAGUCCGAGACUUAUCCUGUGGCUAAUCCCCCGUAUGACUCAAAGCCCUAUCCUGGUAAUACAUCUACCUCGGUCGGUCCUACCGGUGCAACAUGGUCCUCUUCAGCGACUAACCGGCCUAGAGUUAAACGUCAACGUGACGACUCCACUAUCUUACAGCACCCUCUCAACAAGGUUAUCAUCGAGUCCAAGUGUGGUCGCUGCUUAUCUUCUGAUGGUCACACUGCUGCCACCUGCUGUGGUUCUGUACAACAUGAACGUUGCCUCUUCUGUGGUCUGGUGCAUGUCCCUACUCUAUAUUGUCCUAGAGACUAUGAUACCUUUGGCAAAGAAUGUAUGCGUUGUGGCAAGAAGAAUCAUAGUGCAUGGUGUUGCAAAGCUGCCUCUCCGUCUGUCGUUGCUGCUGUCACUCUCAACGACUCCGGUAAUCACGACAAUGCUAUAUCUGUACGUCUCAACAAAUCUUCCCAUGCAUUCCAAGCAUUACUAGAUUCAGGAGCUCAGGCCUGUGUGAUUACCAUGGAAGCCCUUACUAAGGUUCCUGAAUUCAACCUCACACCUACUACUGUAUCUCUUAUCACGGCUGAUGGAG